AUGUACCCACAACAACUUAACGCAACGAAACAAGAGGUCCGCCUUCUUACCAUCCUGCCUGGAAAAUUCGACACUCCUAUUCGAUGCACAUUGACGAAAGUCUCCCUCGCCGACAAGCCCAAGUACAACGCACUCUCGUACGCAUGGGGUGACCCUCAAGCCACGAAAGACGUCGUCGUCGACGAUGCCUUGUUCGCAGUCACAAUCAAUCUGGAGAACGCCCUCCGCCAUGUUCGUAGCGAGUCAGAAACAUCAUCCGUUUCGUGGUGGAUCGACGCAAUGUGCAUCAACCAGGGCGAUGUUCAAGAGCGUAACGGCCAAGUCGGCAUCAUGGAUGAUGUCUACAAGUCCGCCUCGGAGGUGGUGAUCUGGCUGGGCCACGGAGAUGAAGAGAUUAACUUGGCAUUCGGCUAUUUCAAGCAGGGCUCUUCUGCGACAUUCAACGAAGAGAGCAAGGAGACCAUGACAGAGUUUCUCUGGGCCACCGUGAGAGACGUGCCGUGGUUCAAUCGGGUCUGGGUCAUGCAAGAAAUGGCUCUCGCGGCGGAAGAUCCAGUCGUGGUGUAUGGUCAUCAUAGUGUUCCUUGGUCGGUGCUCUACGACUUCUGGUGUGACUUGGUUGCGCAGUACCCCAAGGCCGGGCGCCUGACUCAGGCCGCAAAAAGAAUCGUCGGCGAGUGGACCUACGAAGAUGCACUCUCCAUGGCAGAAACCAUAGUCUGGCUACCUUACGACUAUGAACGAUCGCGAAUGCGUGCUCUAGGGAUCAUUCGGAGAGAAUAUCAGUCGAAGGGUGGUAUGGCCCUGCGAGCUGCGUUCGUUCAUUCCCGCUUUUCCACGGCCACCGAUCCAAGAGCUCAAAUAUGUGGGAGACUUAGUCUGCUUGAGAAUAAGCAGCGCAAGUUGCGCUCGUCGAUCGACUACGAGCAGCCAGUCCACAUCGUUUUUGCCCAAGCGACAGCUUACAUACUUGCGGAAGAUGUCGGCCUGGACUUCUUCUCACGAUGGCCAUUGACUGGUCUUUCCCCUGUAAUCGGAGGCCUCCCUUCGUGGGCGCUCGAUUUUUCCUCAGCGAAAGACAACGAGAUCGAGGAAGGAGGGUUUGUCUUCGGUUCAAUGGAAAGGGGGUCGGUCGAUGGGAACCAGCAUCCUGUCAAAGGUAGAGCAACUGUCGUCGACGACAUGCGGACUUUGGAAGUGAUCGUCCUACCGGUGGACGAGAUCGUCGAUGUCUUUCACUUCGGCGACAAAUGGCCGGAAUGCCUCACCACACUCCCCGACAUCUCUCUUCUGGCCGAUGCAGCAAAAGAAAGACCGGAUCGCCCACUCGACGAAGGAUUCAUAGCAGAUUGCUUUCGAAGGUUUCGGUCCUCGGAACCACUUUGGCGGACUCUGCUCCACAACAGCACGGACACUAUGGCCGGCCCAGAGCCAGUACGUGCGGAGCUCGAAGCCGACUACAAUAACCUGCUGGAGAAUGUCCGCAACGGAAGACUCCACGACGUAGAUCUGAACGGAGAAUACGUAACUCAUCUGAAGGCACGCCUCGUCGGCCGAGCUUUCAUCACGACAAGAGCUGGAUUGGUCGGACUGGCUGGUUCAAAAGUCAGAGUUGGAGAUGAGGUCAGCAUCUGGUUCGGAUCUGGCGUUCCUUUCGUGACGCGGCCAAGUCCAUAUGCACCUGGCACUUGUGGUCUUGUGAGUACUGCAUAUGUCGCGGGGAUCAUGGAAGGCCAGAUGGUGGACGAGUUGUAUCUCGAAGGUUGGCUGCGUACCACAAAGCUGUAUGUUCGAUAG